GGGGGGUGCUGCGGGGGGUGCUGCGGGGGGUGCCGCAGGGGGUGCCGCAGGGCCCGCUGUGGGGUCAACCACAGGAGCAGGGGUAGGGGUGCAUUGCAUCAUAUUUUGAUCUAUCUAUUCUCGCUGUGGUCAUAGCAUGCAGCAUAAUUAUCCUUCAUUUUGCCAGGAGUUUGGAGGCUGUGUCUGGGGUUGGUCUGCAGCUACAGCCAUGUGACUCCCUGAUGCUUCGGCAGGGGCUGGGAUAUCAAAACUGUGCAAAUUUACCUAAAUCUUUUGGCUUGGCUUGGGGCACUGAUAUAUAUGACUUGGUUCAUUUUAGCAUGGUCUGCUCAAGCUGUCAGGUCAAACUAAAAAUUUGAAAAAUGUGCAACUUGAUUUGUUAGGCAAAUCUCCCAAGUACAUGCUCCAGGGACAGCCAACAUCAUCAACAAGAAAUGGCUAAUGUUUCUUUUCUCUGUCUGUUUGCUUCAGGUAGUCUGUCUGCACUCAAAUUUUUCUCUCCAUUUGCAGCAUAUUCCGUGGAGGUGUCAUAAUUGUUGAUUUCCGGAUUUCAUACUUCUUGUCUACACACCAUUUGGGCCCUUUACUGAAUCCAAUAAUACUGUAGACUCUUACAAUGGAU